AUGCAGCGAGAAAUCGACCCUCUCAUCGGCUACUACUCGCACUUCAAGACCGCCGAGUAUCCCCGACAAGAUGAGGCCCUCCACCUCCUCAAGCGGAUCGCAUCGAUGGUGAAACCCAUCAUGCGCGCCCACGGCUGGCGAGUCGGGAAGCUCUCCGAGAUGUAUCCCUCCCAGGCCAACCUUCUCGGGUUGAACGUCAACCGCGGCGAGGAGAUCCUGCUCCGCCUCCGCGAGCCCUAUGAUCGCAGCCAGUUCCUCCCCUUUGAGCGAGUCGUCGACACCAUGCUGCACGAGCUCUGCCACAACGUCCAUGGGCCGCACGACGACAAGUUCAACGCCCUGUGGAACGGCCUCCGCGAGGAGCUUGAGGGGUUGAUGAUGAAGGGGUUCACGGGGGAUAACUUCCUCGGUUCUGGCCAACGACUGGGCGGCGGGUAUCUUCCACCCCAGGAGGCGCGGCGUUUGGCCCGCGCCGAGGCCGAGCGGCGCCGUGCGGCGAAUAUGGCGUCCCGGGGUGGUGGUGGUAUCCGGCUUGGCGGUGCUCCGGCGCCGGUACGCAGGGGAGACAAACGUGACGCCAUUCUUGAUUCGAUCGCGCGGCGGAACAGAGUCAGUAAUGCGGACUGUGCCAACAAUAAUCGGUCUGACGAGGAGAUUCGCCAGGCGUCGCAGAGCUGGACCCGUAACGGGUUCCGCACGCGGGCGGAGGAGGAUGCGGCUAAUGAGGCGGCGAUUGCGCAGGCGUUGUGGGAGUUGGUGCAGGAGGAUAGGAAGAAGCUACAGGACUGGGAAACACAGUCCUUCCAUCCUCCCCCACCGAUUCCCUUUAAUACUCGACCACCCCCUGGGCCGCCUCGGCCGCGGUCUCCCGAGCUGAAGAGCUACUGGAGCUGCAAUAUCUGCACGCUGCGCAACCCGACGACCGUCAAUGCUUGCAACGCGUGUGAAACCCCCCGCCCUCCACGGACCUUCCCCGGUCACAAUAACAGGGACAUCGUAGAUCUCACCGAAAGCCCCCCGAAGAAGAGGCCAAAACCUUCCAACUCCAACUCCUUGAAUCGUCGCAGCACGGCACCAGUUUCUGUUGCCGCGGCUGUUGCAACGCCCCCAAUUCCGCCCCGGCCGUCCACGUGGACGUGUUCGUUCUGUAGCAAGGAGAUGGAGAGUCAGUGGUGGACUUGUUCACUCUGUGGCACGAUGAAGAGCAGCUCAUGA